UACCGUGUAGAAUAUGAUUUGGCUGUUGCCAGUCUCUCUAUGUACGAGCCAUUUGGAUCUCAAUUUCUAUAAUUUCACAAUUUAAAAAAAAAAAAAUUCAAGAGAAAAAAGAAGAAGGGAAAAUCCUUAAAAACUGGUCUCACGGUCUCACCCACCCCUCCCCCAAACGACCAAAUUCUCGUUUUCGUUUCUUCUAGAUAGUUGUGAAUCUCCACUCCUGAGGUUGAUCUAUGCGGGAGGAGGUGGUGGGGGCAUUCGUUUUGUUGAAUUUUGUCGUUUUGUGAUUCUGUGGAAUUGUGAUUUUUUGGCAUUUGUUUGGAUUGUGGAAAUUUGAGUGAGGAGAUUGUUGAUCUGUAAUCAGGGACUAGAGCGCAGGCUUCAUGAUCCGAUUCUUGUUUGCUUAAUUAUGUAAUUUCGAUCUGGUGGUGGAAGAUCAACCAGCCUGGGUGUGUCAAAGGCUUGUAAGAAUUGUUUGUAUGUUAUGAUAGGUUAUGGUCUUUGCGGUCGUUGGAGAUUUUGGUUAGAAUAAUAGGUUAUUUUGUGAGACUUUUAACUUGACUGUUAAAAGGAUUUUGCACAAUUUGGACAUGAGAAGCUCUUGGAUCAAUAAAUUAUCUGUCAUUCUUGGUCCUAGACCGCCGGUCAGCUGGUUACUAUUGUGCCUCAUUAGCGUCCUUGCACUAAUAGCAGUCUUAGGUUCAUCUUCUUCAAAUAGCUUUGAGUCUGUGACAUCCAUUCCGGUACCUGACAUCUAUACAAACUAUAGACGGCUAAAGGAGCAAGCGGCAAUUGAUUAUUUGGAGUUGAGGACUCUGUCUUUGGGAGUCAGUCGGCAAAGGGAGCUUGGUCUUUGUGGCAAAGAACUAGAAAAUUAUGUACCAUGCUACAAUGUUUCUGCAAAUUUGUUAGCUGGGUUUAAGGAUGGAGAGGAGUUUGAUCGCCACUGUGAACUGUCACGAGAUGGACAGCGGUGUUUGGUUCGUCCGCCCAAGGACUAUAAGAUCCCUUUGAGGUGGCCAGCUGGUAGAGAUGUAAUAUGGAGUGGGAAUGUAAAAAUAACCAAAGAUCAGUUUCUUUCUUCUGGAAGCAUGACGAAAAGGUUGAUGUUGCUUGAAGAGAAUCAAAUUGCUUUCCACUCUGAGGAUGGAUUGAACUUUGAUGGCGUCAAAGAAUAUUCUCGCCAAAUUGCGGAAAUGAUAGGGUUGGGAAGUGACUCUGAAUUUCUUCAAGCUGGUGUACGGACUGUACUAGAUAUUGGCUGCGGGUUUGGCAGCUUUGCUGCUCAUUUAGUCUCGCUAAAGUUAAUGGCUGUUUGUAUUGCGGAGUAUGAGGCAACUGGCAGCCAAGUUCAAUUGGCCCUUGAGAGAGGCCUUCCAGCAAUGAUUGGCAAUUUCAUUUCGAGACAACUUCCUUAUCCAUCAUUGUCUUUUGACAUGGUUCAUUGUGCUCAGUGUGGUAUCAUUUGGGACAAGAGAGAUGGGAUGUUCCUCAUAGAAGUGGACCGGGUGCUCAAGCCUGGCGGUUACUUUGUUCUAACCUCGCCCACAAGCAAGCCACGUGGAAGUUCAUCAAGUACAAAGAAGGGAAGUGUGUUAACACCUAUUGAAGAACUCACCCAAAGAAUCUGUUGGAGUCUUCUAGCUCAGCAAGAUGAGACUUUAAUUUGGCAGAAAACUAUGGAUGUUCAUUGCUAUACAUCUCGCAAGCAGGGUGCUGUACCACUUUGUAAAGAAGAGCAUGACACUCAAUCAUAUUAUCAGCCCCUCAUACCAUGUAUCAGUGGGACCACCAGCAAACGCUGGAUUCCUAUUCAGAACAGGUCCUCUGGUUUCCAUUUGAGCUCAGUUGAGCUUGAAGUCCAUGGAGUUCAUCCUGACGAUUACUUUGAAGACUCAGAGUUUUGGAGAUCCUCAUUAAGAAACUAUUGGUCUUUGCUUACACCUUUAAUUUUCUCAGACCAUCCAAAGAGGCCAGGGGAUGAAGAUCCAUUACCUCCAUUUAAUAUGAUCAGGAAUGUGAUGGACAUGAAUGCUCGUUAUGGUGGUUUAAAUGCUGCAUUUCUGGAAGCAAAAAGAUCAGUAUGGGUUAUGAAUGUUGUGCCUACCAGGACCCAAAACACCCUUCCUUUAAUUCUUUAUCAAGGUUUUGCUGGUGUUUUGCAUGACUGGUGUGAACCCUUCCCUACAUACCCUCGAACAUAUGACAUGCUUCAUGCAAAUGGGCUUCUCUCUCACCUCACUUCAGAGGGGUGCAACAUAAUGAAUUUAUUGUUGGAAAUGGAUCGAAUUCUCCGCCCUGAGGGAUGGGUUGUUCUUUCUGAUAACAUGGUAGCUAUAGAGAAGGCACGUGCGCUUGCUACACAGAUCCGCUGGGAAGCAAGGGUAAUUGAUCUCCAGAAAGGCACUGACCAGCGGCUACUUGUUUGCCAAAAGCCAUUCUUGAAAAAAUGAUUGGUUCAGCAUCAGCGCGUGAAUCAUCUAUCUUGACGACAUCUUCAUGUAAUGUUAUCUGCUUGAGACAAUAGGGACUUGAAGAUGGCCACAACUGAACCAGAGGUAUGUGGAAGCUGUAGAUUAUAAGAAUAGUUGCUGCACAAGUAGAUGCAGUUCAUUUUUUUGUCAAGGGCCUUUGUAGGAAUUCAUUCAUCAAUUUAAAUUUUUUUUCUUUUUCUUUGUUUAUUUGGUUUCUUUAUUUCCUUAAUGAUUUGAUAUUGGAAUCAGUCUUUGUAUGAAACAAUUAAUGUUGUUGAAAGAAUGGAUGCUAUGCAGCAGGAAAAGUGUAAGAAUUUAGUGUA